AUGCUAAAACCAAAAGCAAUACAACAAGUACUAAAACAAGCGACGUCAGGCGGAGUGCGUGCAACAUUGCUUUUGAAUUCCGAAGGCUCUCCAAUAUCAUUUGUGGCAGAAACGGACCGGGAGGCAAGAAUAUAUGCCGCCAUUGCGUCGAACGUAUGGACAACGUUUGAAAAAGGAACGAAAUCCAUGACCCAAGACGACGGUGUGAGGUUCUUGGUUGUUGAGUGCGAGGAGGGCACUCUUGCAUUGACGACAGUAUCAAAGAUGAUGCUAUGUCUCGUUGCUAAACCAGAAGUGGGAAUCGCAAUAUUGAAAGCAAAGUCCGAUGCUUUAGUUAGGCAUCUGGAAGAACCACUAACAAACGUUAUGACAAAUGUAUCUUGA